AUUUUAUAUCCGUGAUACAUAUAAUAGAGGACGUCUUAAUUAUACAUACACAGCUAGAUAAUCCUUGUCCCGCAGAGAUUUACACUAUAGCUAGGCUUAAACUUUUUAGCCAGAACAAAGAUCUGCAGUAGAUAAUGCAUCUUUAAGGUUAAAACAGUAACGAACAUGUGUUAUAAGUUUAUUACGGAAGGGAGAAAGUUGGUUUUUAUACUGAUUGUCCUUGGAUGUAACUUUACACCUUCACAUGGUGAUGCUGGAUCGGUUCUGUCCAAACUCAGUACCGAAUACUUUGAGUGGAGAAUGUCUGUGCGGCCGGAAUCAUCUACUUACCGUGGUUAUCAUAAAUACAAUGAUAUCCUGGAAUCGUUCACUUUGGCUGGUUAUAACGAAUCGAAGGUAAAGGCGGAUGAAUAUUUUGCAAGGUUGACAUCUAUACCACGUGACGAUUUAAGUCGUUCUGAUAAGUUGAAUUAUGAUAUAUUGGAGAACAUGUUAUCAACGUAUAGAAAUGGAUAUGAAUGGCGGCUUUAUAACAAUAUUAACCCACUGAAUUUAAUGGAAGGGCCACAGACGAAUCCAUCAAGCUUUACUAAUUUCUUUCCUUUCCAUACUGUUGGUGAUUAUGAGAAUUACUUGGCACGACUCACAAGACUACCAGAUCAGAUUGAUGAAAGAAUCUCGUUGUUUAGAGAAGCUGUUCGACUUGGAACAGCUUACAACAAUGUAUCUGUGAAUUUAGUAAUAGAUCAAAUAGAAAACGUGCAGAAUGAAUGUCCACAGUCGCAUUAUCCGGCCAAUUGUGCAUUUUUAUUGCCAUUUACACACGAUUUAGACCAAAUACAUACAACUAAUGCAACGAGGGCCACGAUACGAUCACGUGGUGUUACUGCGGUCAAUUCCGUGGUGGACAAAUUUGGAGACUUAAAGGCCUUUCUACAAAAUGAAUAUAUGCCGGCUACAAGACAAGGUUACGGAGUGGUAAAUUUACAUAAAGGGAGAGAAUUCUACCAAGCAUGUUUAAAAUGGUAUCUAUCACUGGAUCUUACACCAGAAGAAGUUCAUCAAAAGGGGUUGGAUGAGGUGAAGAGAAUAUCAGAUGAGAUGAAAAGGAUUAUGACCAAGAACCAUUUUCAAGGAUCAAUAUCAGAAUAUUUUGCAAAGUUGAAGAAUGACUCAACUAUGUUCUACAAUAGUUCGGAAGCCAUGUUGGAUGGAUACAGAGAUCUUAUUGAAAAUCGUGUUGACCCACAUCUGGCUAAAUUAUUCAAUAAUUUACCUGGUUUACCUAUUGUAGUGAAACCCUUGUCAUCAGACGGACCAGCAGGCAGAUACUCAACGGGUUCUAAAGACGGAUCUAUACCAGGCAUAUUCUGGGCAAACGUCAUCCGACCAGCAGAAUUUCCAAAAUUUUCUAUGCUACCCCUAACGAUGCAUGAAGCUAAUCCUGGUCACCAUUUACAGUUAAGUUACAACCUACUCACAGAAACACCCGAUUUUAGAAGUAAAAUGGAAUCCUCCACCAAGUUCCGCGUACCGUAUGCUUUCCCAUCCUACACAGCAUUCACAGAGGGUUGGGCAUUGUACGCUGAAUCGUUAGGAGAAGAACUUGGUCUUUAUAAGGAUGACAAUGAAUUAAUGGGUAGAUAUAGCUCUGAGAUAUUUCGUGCCUGUAGAUUGGUUGUUGACACCGGAAUUCAUUAUUAUAAUUGGACCAAAGAUGAUGCCAUUGAUUAUUUUCUGACAUAUACGACCGAGUCACAGGCUGCCAUGUCAAUUGAAAUAGAUCGGUAUGUGACGUGGCCUGGACAAGCUUGCUCAUACAAAAUAGGGGAAUUAAAGAUAAAAGAAAUUAGGCAAGUUGCUGAAAAAAAAUUAGGUGAAAAAUUUGACAUCCGGGCUUUUCACACAUCUAUUAUGGAUAACGGAGCAGUGCCUUUAGACUUGUUAGAAAGAAACGUUAAUGAAUGGAUAGAAGAGCAGUUGGCCAAACAACCUCAAGAAGCAGAUUCCUCCACUUGUUCUGCUCGAAACCAGAUUGCCCAAAUAUGGCUUUUAAGCAUUCUAUUAACUUCUGUCGGAAUCUUAUCUCAUUAAUUACUUAAUAUACUUUCUUAAUUCAGCAUAAUCUCAAGUUUAAUUAAAACUACACUAUACCAUCAUUCCAUGCACUGACUACUGAUAUGAUGUUGCUAUUAUAACGUAUCUAUGCACCCAAUACUGAUUUGAUGUUACUAUUUUGUCGUAAUCUAUGCACCCAGUACUGAUUUGAUGUUACUAUUUUUUCGUAAUCUAUACACAGUGUACUUGUAUGAUAUGAUAUUAAUAUUUCAUCGUAAUCUAUGCACAGUGUACUGGCUAUUUAAUCUAUGCACCUAGUACUGAUAUGAUGUUACUAAUUUAACGUAAUUUAUGCACCCAUAGUACUGAUUUGAUUUUACUAUUUUUUCGUAAUCUAUAUGUACUGGUAUGAUGUUACUAUUUAAUUGUAAUCUAUGCACAGUGUACUGGUAUGGUGUCACUAUGUUAUAGUACACUAUGCACCGAGUACUGAUAGGAUGUUACUAUUUGAUCGUAAUCUAUGCACAAUGUACUUGUAUGAUUUUAACGUAAUCUAUGCACAGAGUACUAGUAUGAUGUUACGAUCCUAACGUAAUCUACCCGCUGAGAACUCGUAUAAAAUUAUAAUGAUAACGUUAGCUAUACACGGGGUAGUCGCAUGGAGUUUUAAUUUUAACGUAAUCUAUGCACGGGGUACUCAUAUGGAGUUUUUAUUUUAACGUAAUCUAUCCACGGAGUACUCGUAUUUAUUUCUAAUUUUAACGUAAUCUAUACGUACGGAUAUGCUUUGAAUAUGCUUUGAAUAUGUGUUUGAGAUGAAUCUGUGAUGAAUUAAACACUUCUUUAGAUACCAGAAUGACUCUCCAAAACUACAUGCAUCACACACUGCGGCUAAUUUGGAAUAACAAAACACCCGGCUACGUAUACCGUACUAAGAAGGAUUUGCUUUAUAUUUUGGGGGUUACAUUAUUAUAUGAAAUAGAGGUAUUUCAUUGUUAUAAUUAUGAAAUGCUGAUUUUUUUGUUUUUAAAAAGACCAGACUAGGCUUUAAAUUAUACAUGACACGAAGAUAUUAGGUCGGGUAUUGCGUUGCUAGAUAGCACAUUCUAAUAUCGCCCUAAAGAUUAUAUCCUUUGUAAAGCCUGUGUUUAACACUAUGUCAUUUUUUAUGUGUAACAUAUCAAUAUUUACCUUUCAGUAUAAUUUGAUUGAUUAUUUCUUUGUUUCCUUUCUUUGAUCAAUAUAUUAUUGUGUACGAUUCUUAUUUAUAGAAAUGAAUUUGCAUUUAUAGAUAAUUUUAUAUAUAUAACCGUUUAAAAUAUAA